AUGUUCAAGGCCGUGAACACGCUAGUUCACAUCUUAUACAGCAUAUCAUAUGGCAAUAUGCUGCCAAGCCCGCCUGCCGAGAUGGCAUGUCAAUCUUCGGUGAAACGAAAGCGAAGCGAUAUUGAGGCCGAAGAGAAACGCGACUGCUCCUUCCAACUCGAGAAUCUGAAUACCAGCUCCUUCCACACGUUCGAGUCACUCUCGAAACUUCUUCGAGCUCAUAUCCCUCUAUCAUGGUUGUCUACAAAUCCUGCAAAUUCCUCCAUACCUUCGGGGAGCAUUCUACAGGGCGCCAUCAAGCAUGUCACCUCAUGGGAGUACUCUGUGCUUGCGGUUCGAAACAUACCUAACGGAGGCUUGUUCGUCCUCGAGAAAGUCGAUAGUGACGUCUUCGUGACUCAUCCACUCCAACCAUUCGUAACAGAAAAAUGGCUCCAAGACGCCAGCGUUGGCGCCGUACCACCAGUUUCGCUGCAGAUGGUGCUUCACUAUGUUCCAGAGCCAGAACUUCCUAUGCAGAAUACUUCAAGACGGACGCCAAGUCUCUCCUCACUUUCAGACCUGAAAGUUCCAAAGAAUCGCCGUGGUGCAGCUGCAAGGUUGUCAAUCUUGAGCCAUACCAGCAAACAAGAAGAAACCACUCCGUCCCCAAUGCUAGAACAGGUACCGGCUCAUGUCAUACAACCCGAGGUGCCAGAACAGCAACGAGAUCAAUUCCAGUCUGCGGCUGGGCGCUACGGAUAUGCGGAAGAUAUACCUGAACCCGCCCCCUCGGUUCAACAUAUAGCAGAAGAUCAGUCUCUUCCUGAUAUUGUCCAGCGGGACAUGCUAACCCCCGACUACCUCCGUCAACGAUAUCUGGACAAUCUGUACAGAAGCAAAGAGUCGUUGGCCUACUACACCAAAGGUCCCUUGAGUCGUGCUAGGGUUAGAGCUAGGGCCCCCGAUGCUUCCAUGACUCUUUCUGAGCUAGCAGCCUUCUAUAGAGAAAGUUUACUGCCUGUUAAGAAGGAAGAGCUGAAAUACAAACAAAGCAUUAAGCAGCUCAUCGUGCAGAGUGUUUCGACUCAACGUCCUGAUUCUGGUGAACAGCUUCCAGAAAAGAGAUCAGCAAGAAAGAGGACAAAGUUAGGGAAAGACGGUCUUUGGCCUGCGGAACACGAAUACAUUCUUCGUUGGUGGCAGGCUAGGAAUCUUGCGCCCCUUUCCAAAGAGCACCAGGAAGCCGAACUAGAUCGUGGUAUCGCUUCGUUGCGCAUGCGUGACGCACAAAUGCAGAUUAUCCACAUCCUUGAAAUCUUAUCCAUCGAGGCCAAGCAACCCAAGUUGUCGUUGCCCGAGGAAGAGACCACCACGACUGCUGGAGCUGAACACCUGGAUACUAAGAUGGUUUCAAUCGAGUCCGAUCCUCCUGCUCAAAAAUCAACCAAGCCAGUUAAAAAGCGAAACCUCGAGACCGACCUCGGCUUGCUUGCAGACAAGCUGUGUAUAUGGCAUGUCCUUGGGAUGGAGAGCCUACUUCCAUCGGUGGAUGAUCCGGAACAGAGUAAGAUUGACGAUGCAACCUCUCGAGAUAGACUGCGCAGUUUCUGCACCGAUGUUCUCAUUCCCUUCUACAAUUCAAAGCUCCCUCUGCUCUGCAAGUCCCUCUGCAAAACUCUUGCCGGGCCUGAAGUCUACGAGCAAGUCCAAAAGGCGGCGAGAAUCAAGGACAACCUCGCUCAGCCAUUCCCCUCAGCCACUACUGUGAGGAGUCGACCUUCAUCAAGAGCUGGGACGCUGCAACGUGUUCUUAGUGAAGAAGGCAUACAACUUCCUUCACCACCUCCAUUAGCCCGUUCCUCUACCCUGCCGCCAGUACCGCAUUUCAAAUCAGAAACCUCUGAUCUUUCACGAAGAACUCCUGACAGACAAGCUUCUCUUAGCUUUUCUAACCGCUUGGUCGACCUCGAAGCCGACUCACAAGCCACUGCUCACAAGAAAAGGAAAUUGGAACGUGUCGCCAGCCAGAAACAAGAAUUGGCAGCAGCUAUCCAGGCCUUAAAGAAGCCAAAUCGUACCCGUGCAGGAAAGGCAUAUAUGGACGAGCUUGAGCAGCGUAGCUUGGAAUUAAAGACUCCCAUACUCAUCACAGCCACUCCUCGAGCAGAACGUCGGAAAACAAUCGACGAUAUUCCGGCUUUGCCUCCGCCCCCCUUGCAAGACCUGGCGAUACCAUCCUCUACCAUAAAACCAAGGGCUGGGGGAGCUUCCUCACACGUUUUGCUACCAUCAUCAAGUAGGAAGAAGGCGGUCUUGGCUGCUAUCAACAGUACUCCAACGAGGGGCACAUCAAGGUUAUCGGAUCCUCUGCAGAUAUCCAACAAGUCAAGCACGGUCCAGCAUUCAGAUCUGGUCAGCAAGCAAGCAAUGGAAACUAUCUUCAGUACGCCGAAAAAGCAGGUCAAGACUCCAUCCGCCAGCAAAGAAAACGGAUUUCACCUCCCUGAUCUUGCUUUCAAGACAAUGGAUCGAGCUAUGAAGAUGCCGGUGGGAGAUUCAAUCUAUGAUGAGCUCGGUUGGAAUGACGACGAUGAGAUGUGA